AGAAUGGAGGUUUUGCACUGACUACCAUUGCCUCAACGACGUCAUGAAAAAGGACUGUUAUCCACUGCCCCGAAUUGACGAGUCCUUAGACCAGUGUUUGAGCAGGGGGCAGUGUAGCGUCGUGCGGGGCUUUUUAGGACUAUUACUUUUCCUGUAAAUAGCUGUAUUCUGUGUAUUGCCGUACAGUGAGUGUGAUGUGUCUGUUUAUGAUUACUUGCCUGUUUCCAGCGAGGUCCGCUCUAUGCCGCCUACCAGGCUAAGUGCGCCCCGCACGGAGUCUGCGUGCUGAACAGCGAUUGGUGCGGAAAAAGGGGGGCGUGGGGGAGGGUGUGGUCACAUCCGACUCUAUUUAAACCGCAGCCUGCGCGCUGUAUUGUUUAUCUGCAGUGACAGAGAGAGAUCUGAGGGAGUAAGGUGAAGAGCUAAAUAAAUCGAUUUUGUACUAAAAGACAUAAUAAACGGCACUUAUAAGCGCCAAAUCUUUUCAAUUUUUCUAAGAGCAAUAAAAGGCACUUCCACGCGCCAAAGACCUUUGCAGCGUCUCCUUCUUCCCACUGGAAUCCACUACACGCCGCUGCCGCAGUAUAAUUGUUACAAACAAUACUAACGCGCAGUACAGUUACAAUACAACACAACGCAGUUACAUUCAAUUAAUCGUAUAACUACUGAAUUUACUAGUGUCAAAGAUGUUUUAUUUGACAGUGGCCAAUUACUAACACAUUAAUCACAUUUAUUUCAAUGGAUUCUUCGCCUCCAACCGUCCGCGUCAGCGUCCCCGUCGCCCUGCCAUUUAAUACGUUUCUUAUUUGAAAUAUCCAACAUGAAUUUUAGCUGUUACAGUAGUUACUACAAGAAGGAAACAGCUUAUCUUGCAUAGCCUGCGUGCAAUACCGACACCUCCCAUUGCUAUCCUUACUUCUGUAUGGAAGGUGAAAAUGCGGAAGUUUCCACCCAGAAAAAAUAUAGCCAGCAGAGAAGGAUCACAUUCAACCACAUGACAUUUAUUCCAGCACGAAUAAAGUUGGAACUGUCCAGGAUUAUUGCAAUAUUAUAAAAAUAUAGUUCAAACUUCUAUGGCCACUCUGCCAGUCGCAGAUAGGAGAGCGUUUGCUCUUAAAAUCAACAGAUAUUCAUCAGCAGAAAUAAGGAAACAGUUUGUCGGACAAUAUGGGGCGGGGCCAUACCAUCAACGCCAGAGUUCAACAGCUUCUGGUGCUUCUAUCUCGCUGCAGCUACCUCAGUUUUAUGAAGCAGUGGAGCCGCUGGACUUUGAAGAAUUCCUGAUGACUCAGAUGAAUAGUGCAGACUCAGAAUUAAUGCAGGAGCUGGGGGACUUUCCUGAAGACGACUUAAACAUUGAGCUUGCUCCCAGGGAGUGCCGGACGGAGCAGCACUCAGUCCCAGAGGAUGGGGAGGAGCUGGAUCCACAUGUCAGGGACUGUGUUCAGACUUACACUCAACCCUGGCUUGUUGUCAGCAGAAAGUAUCAAGGAGAUGGAGGCAGCAUAUAUUCCGAUAGAAUGGGCCUGCACAAAACCUUGCAGAAACAGAUCUUUGAAUCUGAUGAACAGCGAGAUUCCAGCAGUCAAGAACACCAGGUCAAAUCCCAAAAGCUGUCUGUUUUGUGUGACUCCGGGCGGCCGACUCUCACCUCCACUGACUUUGACCUGCGGGGUCUCCAGCCAGACAGCCGUGUGGAGACCCUCCUGCGGUUCAGCAGCCCCGAGGACCUCGACAGGCAGAACGGGGAGGCCCGCAAGGCCGGCCGUCUGCCAGAGCUCUUCGCACUUUACCCACCCGCGGAUGAGGAGGAUGCAGUGGAAAUACGGCCAAUUCCAGACUGCCCGAAGGAACACAUUGGCCACAGGAUUCAAAUCAGAUGCCAAGUCAUAAAGUGUGAGAUAGAAAUAGAGCCUCUUUUUGCAAGCUUAGCCUUGUAUGAUUUGAAAGAAAAGAAGAAGAUUUCAGAGAACUUUUACUGUGACCUGAACUCAGAUCAGUUCAGAGGGUUCCUUCGAUGUCACACGCCCCAUAUAGCACUGUCCAGCCAGGCAAGAUCAGCUGUCUUCUCCAUCACUUACCCCUCUCCUGAUAUCUACCUCGUAAUAAAGAUUGAGAAGGUCCUUCAGCAGGGUGAGAUCAGUGAAUGUGCAGAGCCGUACAUGAUGAUGAAAGACAGUGAUAAUGCAAAGAACAAAGACAAACUUGAAAAGUUAAGAGCUCAAGCUGAAUCGUUCUGCCAGAGACUUGGGAAAUACAGGAUGCCAUUUGCCUGGGCCACUGUUAACAUAAUGAAUGUGAUCAGCACAGCUACCCUUGACAGAGACAUUGUCGAAUCAGACAGCACCAAUGGUAAAGCUGCUGGAGAUAGAAGGACUCUUGGACCAAGCAGAAGGAAUUCAGAAAAGUUCAACUCUCUAGAAGACCAGUAUAACUUGUCAGGCUUCAAACCUGCAACUAUUACCAUAAGCACUUUCUGUAAACAGGAGGGAGACAGGCUAAGUGAUGAAGAUUUAUUUAAGUAUUUAGCUGACCUUAAAAGAACUUCAACAUUGCAGAGAAGAAUUAAACCAAUAACAGGUACUAUCAAGCUGGAUAUCAUACCAGCCCCAGACACUGUACACGGUUGUCUCACCUCUGACCUGAUACCAGUGAGGCCAGUAACUGAGAAGAAUGUCCGGCCAGUCCGUGAAGUUCUAGAGUUCCCAUCACAAGAGGUUUAUGUUCCACACACCAUAUACAGAAAUCUACUAUAUGUCUACCCACAAAGGCUAAGUUUUGCUAAUCGUCUGGCUUCAGCAAGGAACAUCACCAUCAAAAUCCAGCUUAUGUCUGGAGAGGAUGCAAGCCACGCAAUGCCGGUUAUUUUCGGGAAAUCCAGUGGUCCAGAGUUUGUACAUGAAGUAUAUACUACCAUUACUUAUCACAACAAGUCUCCAGAUUUUUAUGAAGAAGUGAAAAUUAAACUCCCCGCCAAACUCACAGAGAAACAUCACCUUCUCUUCACCUUCUAUCACAUCAGCUGCCAGCCGAAACAGAACCAGACAGCCAGUGUGGAAACCCUCAUUGGAUACUCAUGGUUUCCAAUUCUAGUCAAUGAGCGGUUGCAGACUGGACAACAUUGUCUUCCUGUAGCUUUGGACAGACUGCCCAACAAUUACUCAUUACAUUCUCCAGAGAAAUUCCCUGCCCAGACACCUCCAAUAAAAUGGGUAGAAGGUCAUAAGGGAGUCUUCAAUCUCGAAGUGCAAGCUGUCUCUUCUGUGCACACACAGGAUAACCACUUGGAGCGGUUCUUCACUCUGUGCCAUGCUCUUGAGGGCCGGGUAACAUUCCCUAUCCGCGUUCUAGAUGACAAGAUCCUAGAGAGCAAACUGGAGCACGAGCUUAAAAUGAGCAUCAUCUCUCUGUCCUCGUCUCGUCUGGAGCCGCUGGUCCUCUUCUUGUACCAAGUGCUGGAUAAACUGUUUCACCUCAUUGUGCAGCCCAUGGUCAUUGCAGGACAGGCAGCCAAUUUUGCCCAGAUUGCUUUUGAGUCUGUGGUAUCAGUUGUGAACAGUCUCCACAACAGUCAAGAACUUGCAAAGGACCAACAUGGAAGAAACUGCUUGCUGGCAUCAUAUGUCUACUUUGUGUUCCGACUGCCAGACACACACAGAGAGCUCUUGAAUACAGGCUCAGCGAUGUCUUCGGUUGUCCCCGAGGCUCGCUAUUACACAAUGGGGCGUGCCAGUGCUUCCACUGUUGGUUCUAAGCUCCUUCAGUCACGGGUUCUAAGCAGCAGCAACCCUGACAUCCCUGCCCCCCAGGCUGCAGCUGACCAGGAGGUCCAAAACAUCAUGACACCCAAGGGUAUGAAUAUCCCUGGAAAUCGAAUGUCUUCCUAUGUAGAAGUUUCUAACUACUUCCAGAAUACUGCUGGUAGUUCAAGAGCUACACACAAAAAGCAAUUCCACGAGGAGCUGGCUCUUCAGAUGGUGGUCAGUACUGGUGUAUGUAGAGAAAAUGCCUAUAAAUACGCCUGGUUCUUUUUUGAGCUUCUGGUUAAAAGCAUGGCCCAGUAUGUUUGCCAAAUGGAGAAACAGGGCACCCCUCGCAGAAGUCGUUUUUCAGAUCGAUUUAAGGAUGACAUCGCCACUAUUGUGAAUGUAGUGACUGCCGAGAUUGGAACAAUUUUAGUAAAGCAGCAAAAGGAAAUUGAACAAGCAGAAAAGAUCAACAUUAGCCUGGCGUUUUUCUUGUAUGAUCUCCUGUCUCUCAUGGACCGUGGCUUUGUCUUUCAACUUGUACGGAACUACUGCAAUCAGAUGUGUGUCAAGCUGAAUUCCAUGCCCACUCUCAUUUCAAUGAGGCUGGAGUUCCUGAGGAUCCUGUGCAGCCAUGAACAUUAUCUUAAUCUCAACCUGUUCUUUGUGAAUCCCACCUCUGCCCCAGCAUCACCAUGCCCAUCACUGUCUUCCCAGAACUCAAGCUCUUGCUCCAGCAUUCAGGACCAGAAGAUUGCAAGUAUGUUUGAUCUGUCUCAAGAGUACAGACAGCAGCACUUCCUGACAGGGCUCCUCUUCACGGAGCUCAGUGCAGCCCUCGACCUGGAGACUGAGGGAAUCAGCAAGGUUCAGAAGAAGGCUAUUAAUGCCACUCACAGCUUGCUGUGUUCACACGACUUGGACCAGCGAUGCAGUCGCCCAGAAGUGAGGUCUAAAAUAGCUGCACUCUACCUUCCUCUGGUCGGCAUUAUUAUGGAUUCCUUGAGUCAUUUGGAUUUCACAGUUGCAGAGACUCGAGGUGGCAAGGGGAAGCCAGAGGAGGAGCCGGAACCUGUAACACCAAUCAGUCAAACGGUUGCUAUGGCAAUUGCAGGGAAUCCAUUUAAUCCGCUGACAAGAAACACUCUAACAUCAAUGACAUCUGCGUCUGGAAAGUCAAGUGGGGCGUUAACAGCUGAAACCAGCCGGAACCUACUUAUCUGUUUCUUGUGGAUAAUGAAGAAUGCUGAUCAAAUUCUGAUUCAAAAAUGGGCAAUGGACCUACCCUCUUCCCAGCUAAACCGUCUUUUGGAACUGCUGUACAUAUGUGUCUCGUGUUUUGAGUACAAGGGGAAGCAGGCGAACUCCGACAAAGUAAGUACCCAGGCUCUUCAGAAGUCCCAGCAAGCAAAAGCCAGACUAGAGGAGGCCUUACUGGGAGGAAUGGGAGCGAGAGGAGAGAUGAUGAAACGCAGCAGAGGUACAGCAGGGAAUGAAAGGAUUCAAGGACUAAAUGAAAACUUGAGAUGGAGAAAAGAUUUGACACAAUGGAGGCAAACUAAUGACAGGCAGGACAAAACAAAAGAUGAGCUUGAGCAAGAAGCUAUCAUCAGUGGCAAUUUGGCCACGGAGUCUAAUCUGAUCAUUUUAGACCUCCUAGAAAUCAUUAUCCAGAGUAUUUCUAACUCAGACUGCAAAGACAAUGUGCUGGGUGGAGUCCUGAGGGUCCUGCUGCACUCCCUCAGCUGUAACCAGAGCACCCACUACCUGGCUCACUGCUUUAGCACACUCCGAUCUCUCGUUGUGAAGUUUGGGGACGUGUUGUUUGAAGAAGAAGCUGAGCAGUGUGCUGAUCUGUGCCAGAAGGUGCUCCAGCACUGUAGCAGCAGCCUUGACAGCACUAGAAGCCAGGCCUGCGCCACCCUCUACCUCGUCAUGAGACACAGCUUCGGAUCCACCAGCAAUUUCUCCAGGGUGAAGAUGCAGGUUACUAUGUCGUUGGCAUCCCUUGUGGGUAAAUCUUCAGAUUUCCAUGAGGAGUAUCUGAGAAGGUCUUUACGAACCAUCCUAGCAUAUGCUGAAGAAGAUGUGGAGAUGCAGCCAACACAAUUACCUUGUCAGGUUGAGGAGCUGCUGAGGAACCUGAACAGCAUCCUGUCUGACACUGUGAAGAUGAGGGAGUUCCAGGAGGACCCUGAGAUGCUCAUGGACCUCAUGUACAGGAUAGCCAAAGGGUAUCAAACCUCCCCUGACCUGCGUCUAACCUGGCUUCAGAACAUGGCUGAGAAGCACACCAAGAAGAAGUGCUACACCGAGGCGGCAAUGUGCUUGGUCCACGCAGCUGCACUGGUGGCAGAAUAUCUGAGCAUGCUAGAGGACCACAAGUACCUGCCCGUGGGUAGCAUCAGCUUCCAGAAUAUCUCAUCCAAUAUCCUAGAAGAAUCGGCUGUUUCUGAUGACAUUCUGUCGCCUGAUGAAGAUGGAAUGUGUACAGGGAGGUACUUCACGGAAAAUGGCCUGCUGGGACUGCUUGAGCAGGCAGCUGAACUCUUCAAUACUGCUGGGCUGUAUGAGACUGUAAACGAGGUCUACAAAGUUGUCAUCCCUAUUCUUGAAGUUCACAGAGACUUCAGGAAACUGACCUCCACUCACGAUAAAUUGCAGAAAGCCUUUGAGAGCAUCAUAAAGAAGGGCCACAAAAGAAUGUUUGGAACCUAUUUCCGUGUUGGUUUUUAUGGAUCCAAAUUUGGAGAUCUGGAUGAACGUGAAUUUGUCUACAAGGAGCCUACCAUUACCAAACUGCCAGAGAUCUCGCACAGAUUAGAGGGAUUUUAUGGACAGUGUUUUGGGCAAGAUGCUGUGGAGGUGAUUAAAGAUUCCACUCCAGUUGACAAGUCCACUUUGGAUCCUAAUAAGGCCUACAUUCAAAUUACGUAUGUGGAGGCAUUCUUUGACGACUACGAAAUGAAAGACAGAUUGACCUACUUUGAAAAGAAUUUCAACCUGCGGCGGUUCAUGUACACCACCCCAUUUACAAAAAGUGGCCGUCCCCGAGGGGAGCUUAAUGAACAAUACAAGAGGAAGACCAUCCUUACCACUCUGCAUGCCUUUCCGUACAUUAAGACCAGGAUUAAUGUGAUUCAGAAGGAAGAGUUUGAUCUCACCCCCAUUGAAGUUGCCAUUGAAGACAUGCAGAAGAAAACCCUGGAGCUGGCAGUGGCCACCCACCAAGAGCCGAUUGAUGCCAAAUUACUACAGAUGGUCUUGCAGGGAUCAGUGGGAGCAACUGUUAAUCAGGGACCACUGGAGGUAGCUCAGGUGUUUCUGAAUGAAAUCCCAGGAGAUCCGAAGCUUUUCAGACAUCAUAACAAACUGAGGCUGUGCUUUAAAGAAUUUAUCAUGAGGUGUGGGGAGGCAGUAGAAAAGAAUAAGCAUCUGAUUGCUAGUGACCAGCGGGAGUAUCAGCAGGAACUGAAGAAGAACUAUAUUAAGCUGAAGGAGAAUCUGAGACCGAUGCUUGAGAGAAAGAUCCCAGACCUGUACAAACCUUUAGUCAAACCUCGCGUUGAGUCCAGGGAAUCAUUUAAAAGACAUAGUUUCCGAAGAACUGCUGAUGAAAAUUAAUGGGGUGAAGAGCUGUUUCCCCCAGGUUCACUGUCUUAAUUGAAAUGACAACAUCGGUAAUGAGAACAAUUUGAUCCCUUAUUUGCGGAAGCUUAUGGCGGCAAAGGGAAAGCCUAUUACAAGCUGUUGCCACACACUUGAUAAUUUUAAUGGAAACUUUUAUGAACUGCCUGCAAAUUACACUAGCAUAGCCUUGGUGUGAAGCAGCUUUUGAUGUAGCACAUGCGGUUUAUAGCUCCCUGGCCCUUAAUUACCUGGUUUCAGAACUUGGAGUUGUUUCUCUUAAUAGCUGUUUUCAAUUGGAAGAUUUAAGGAGUUUCACAUAAGGACCAGUGACUGGAAAGUACACGUAUAUAACAACACUGUACAGAGUUGUUUUUUUAGCUUCAUGUAUAUUUGCGCCUGUUUUGAGUGGACACACUUGUAAUUAUUUUAUUUCUGAAGUACUGUAGAAUAUAGUUUUAAAAAAGCAGGUAAAUAUUAUAAAAAGAAAAUGUAUAUAUUGCUAACAGUUCAGUGUUAAAUACAGGUUUUUUUUAAUUCAAAUAAAAGCAGUGCUUUAACCCUUUAUAGUUGGUUCACACACAACAAUUUUUCAUAGAAAAUCGGGUCCCCCUGUGUAAAGCAAAGUACUGCCCCUGUCAAACAGUACCAUACACAUGCAAAAAAAGAUGCAUUCUGAUAAACUGUUUUCAAAUGAGACCAAGCGCCCACUCGCCAAUACUGAUAAAGAAUUAGUUUCAUAAUUCUAUAGCACAAAAGUCAGUCCUAUUUUUAUACUUAGAUUUACUACUUAUUUUGUAGAAAAAAAAACCAUCCUUAAUUUAUUGUUUGCGUGAUUGUUACCCUUCCAUGGUGUCGUUAAAAGCCGCAGUCAGAACUAGGGUUAAACAUAACAUGCUUAAUAGUUGUGGUUUUCCAAAAACACUUUCAAAUGCAAAUUACUGAAUGUUCUGUUUUUCAACUUGCACUGUAUAUUACAUUGAUACAGAGAUGUAGUUGUAAAAGCUGUAUGUGUAUUAUGACUGAAAUGAUGUCAGUACUGUUAACUGUGUAAUUUUAGAGCCAUAUUACUGUUCUUAGAAGUGCCUUACAGAGCAAAUAUGAUACAUUUUUAACAACAUUUUAGAAUGGAACAUGUAUUGACAUGAAAAGAUCCAGAAUCAUUAAAGUUAGGUAACACAAAUAAUAUUUUCUUAGACUGUUACUUCAUACCAAUUUGCUGCUUUGUUGUAAAUCAAUGUUGUUUUUUUUGUAUUUUAAACACUGGAGUCUAUACAUGUACAAAUACAUGUAAUAUAUAUUGUUGUUUUUUUCAAUGCAUAGGCCUAACUAAUCUAUAUGGUACUUGAGAAAAAUAUGUCAACAUGUCUGUGGAUACACUGAUAUGUAGAUUUACUCAACUGUUACAGUAUCUUGUUUAAAAUUGGACCUAACCUGUACAAAAUAUACAAGAAUAAAGAUAGCUGACUUACAUGAUAUACCAUUUCCUAGUUCAUGUCAAUUUCUUCAAAUGAGAACAUGAAUAUUAGAUUUAACAUGUUUUACUUCUUCAACAAAGUGAAGAAAAAGAGAUAGCAACUUUCCAUCGCAGCUUUCUGAGAGUCGGUGUUGGGGGACUGUGACAGAGAAAGGAUGAUUCUUGGUGUUAGAUCUCCCUCCCGACCUGUGAGGGCGCUGUGUAAAGUGAACAGAGUACCCUGGACUGGAUGGCCUGACAAUUCAUUCCCAGGGUUCGGUAGAAGUCGGCCAUCUAGAAAGGGGGCGGAGCUAUGGUACAUUAAAUCACUGACCCGGAAGGGAAACUAUGUGGCAGCCGCAGAUUGGAGGAGCAGUUGCACUCGGUAUAUAAGGGGAGGUGAUCUGUCCCUUGUGAUGGUUACGCUAAUACCGAAAGGACCUGUGUUAUAUAAAGAAUCAUGAGUGUUUUGUUUGUUUUGUCUGUCUGUCUAAAACGCACUGUUUGUUUGUUUGUUUGUUAAACUAGACGGCUAACAUGAUCCGGAGCUGUCGCCUACGGCCAGCACUAAACCCGUACAACACUGCACUACUUGUUCACCGCUGUAAAUUGUACUUUCAUCACAAGCACUACAGCACUCACUUGGAUUGGUGACCGUGUUUGUGUUUUGUGUAUUAAUUGGAUUAUUGUUUAUUGUUUAUGGGACUGCAUCCCUUCGUUAUUCACUGCGAAAUACACAUCGCUGUGCAUUGCCAGCCCUCCUAUUUGUUUUCUGUUUGGUCAUCAGACCCCUUGGAUUUAAAAAUAAACAGAAAUCAUUUCACCCAUA